UGAACUUCUGAAUCUAAUCAGGGAUUGACAAUUUUGUAAUAUUCAGAGAGGAUUUGUUCCAGAAAGGAAAAGUGCUGAUGUCCUAGCUGUUUUUAUGGAGAGCUGGGCUGGAUGCAGAGUUCAGAUGUAGAAAAUCCUUGAUGAUGCUGAUGAUGAUGAAGACCAUGUUGCUGCUGAUCUCAGUACUCCUAAUUCAGGCUCUUCAUUCCCAGGGCAGACCGGCCACCCAAGAUGAGAUGUUAGCCCUGGUCGAGCUGACGCCGUACACUUUGUAUCCGGGGGACAAACUGGAGCUGAGCUGUAAAGGUAUCGAGGAGAUACAGGAAGUGACCUGGACUAAGGACCACGUUCCCCUGGUUGACGGAGAGCACACCCGCCUGCGCAACCAUCAGAUGGAGAUUGAAACAGUAGAGCCGGCCGACUCUGGUCUGUAUGCUUGCUUUGCUCAGGGACCCAACAGCAACCAUACAGAUUACUUCAAUGUCAACGUUACAGAUGGAUUGGCUUCCUCAGAAGACGAUGAAGAAGAUGAGUCUUCCUCAGAGGAGGCCAAGCUAUCAAGUGACCAGAAACUGCUUCCAAUGGCACCUGUCUGGGCUCAGCCUGAUCAGAUGGAGAAGAAGCUCCACGCUGUGCCCGCCAGCAAAACCGUUAAAUUCCGUUGUCGGGCAAAUGGUAACCCUACACCAACACUCAAAUGGCUCAAGAACAGCAAAGAGUUUAAGAAAGACCAGCGAAUAGGAGGCUAUAAGGUUCGAGAGCGCAUGUGGACCAUCAUAAUGGAGUCGGUGGUACCGUCAGACAAAGGCAACUACACCUGCCUGGUGGAAAACAAAUACGGCAGCAUCAAUCACACCUACCAGCUGGACGUAGUCGAGCGUUCACCGCACAGGCCGAUUCUUCAGGCGGGGUUGCCUGCUAACCGUACAGUAGUGGUGGGGAGUGAUGUGGAGUUUGAAUGUAAAGUCUUCAGCGAUCCUCAGCCACACAUCCAGUGGCUGAAGCACAUCGUGGUCAACGGAAGUAGAUUUGGCCCUGAUGGACUGCCAUAUGUUCGGAUCUUAAAGGUAAAAAAGGACUCCAGCUCAUCUAUGCACUCGGGUAGGAUGCUGGUCCGGCCCUCGCGUCUGUCCUCCAGCGGCUCCCCUAUGCUGUCAGGGGUCUCCGAAUAUGAACUGCCCCAGGACUCACGCUGGGAGGUGGCCAGAGACAGGCUGGUUCUCGGGAAGCCGCUUGGCGAGGGCUGCUUUGGGCAGGUGAUGAUGGCCGAGGCUAUCGGGAUGGAUAAAGACAAACCCAGUCGUAUCACCAAAGUGGCUGUCAAGAUGCUCAAAUCCGACGCCACAGAGAAGGACCUGUCAGACCUCAUCUCCGAGAUGGAAAUGAUGAAGAUUAUUGGCAAACACAAGAACAUCAUCAACUUACUGGGGGCCUGCACACAAGAUGGUCCUCUCUACGUCAUUGUGGAGUUUGCUUCAAAGGGCAAUCUGAGGGAGUAUCUGCGUGUGCGUCGUCCGCUUGGGAUGGAGUACUGCUACAACCCCGACCAGGUGCCUGUGGAGAACAUGUCAAUCAAAGACCUGGUGUCCUGCGCCUACCAGGUGGCACGUGGCAUGGAAUACCUCGCAUCCAAGAAGUGUAUUCAUAGAGACUUGGCUGCCCGUAAUGUCCUGGUAACUGAAGAUAACGUUAUGAAGAUAGCAGACUUUGGCCUGGCCAGAGACAUCCAUCAUAUUGAUUACUACAAGAAGACCACCAAUGGUCGUUUACCAGUGAAAUGGAUGGCGCCUGAAGCUCUGUUCGACCGCAUUUACACCCAUCAGUGUGACGUGUGGUCUUUUGGGGUGUUGCUGUGGGAGAUCUUUACUCUUGGCGGCUCACCGUAUCCAGGUGUCCCUGUCGAGGAGCUCUUUAAACUGCUAAAGGAGGGCCACCGCAUGGACCGCCCCUCCACGUGUACCCACGAACUGUAUAUGAUGAUGAGAGAUUGCUGGCAUGCCGUCCCAUCUCAGAGACCCACGUUCAAACAGCUGGUGGAGGAUCUAGACCGCACCCUCUCUAUGACGUCCAAUCAGGAGUAUCUGGACCUGUCUGUGUCUCUGGACCAGUUUUCUCCAAAUUUCCCCGACACGCGCAGUUCUACGUGCUCUUCCGGUGAAGACUCUGUGUUCUCCCAUGACCCCGGUGCUGAUGAGCCCUGCCUGCCCAAAUUCCCCCCUCAUCCCAACCGCGGGGUGGCGUUUAAAAAGCGCUGAGUUCACUCACAUUCAGUUCCUCUCCACUGUGCUACCCGGCUGGACCCAUGAACUCUAGGAGACAAUGCUUUGCCACAUAGCACACUACAGAGCGGCCAAGAGCUGAAGAGCUCGGCAUGGACUUCACAUAAUGAGACGCUAGAUUCACACAGCUGGAAGAGAACAAACUGGGCCUUCACUGACCCCAUUACCUGUCGUUGCUAUAAAGCUACAGGGCACUUGAGCAGAAUGAUACACAUGUGUUUCUCAAGACUCGUCAAUAUGAAAUAUCAUCCUGCCAUCUGUAGUAGAGCAAGCCUUGAAGACGUUACCGUCAUCGAAUGAGGAACAGCUUGAUGGAUGCUGGGAGUGUUUAUAUAAUAACGAAGACCUUUCUUUUGACCAAAUUCGUAAGAAAAUGUAUUCCACUAAAAGCUCUGCCCGAAUGUAUUUUAACAACGGGCACGCAGUUUAUCUGACUGACAGCCUUUCUUGUAAAUACAUCUAGAAAUGUAUAAAUAUGAAUAUAUAUUUACACUCUACCCUUAUUUUUAUUAUACUAUUUGAAUCGUGUUGCUUUUUGUACCAGGAUGCGUUUAUGUAGAACUUUUUGAAGUGUAGCUUUUUUUUUUUUAAAGGGACAGUGAAAAACGUCCAUGAGAAUUGUAGAUGAAAUUAUAUUAUUAAGAGCUGAUAGAUGGCCAGUUUUGUUACUAAAUGUUGUUGUCCUCUCUCGUUGAUGCAGCUUGGCAGAAGUGGCUCAGAACUGCUGCUAUCUUCCUGAUGGUACUCAGUACAGCGUCAGACUUAAGCUAUAAUAUAUGAAUUGAAAAGGUCCGCGUCUUAAGCAAGUCGAUGCAUUUUUUUGAAAGAUCAAAGGAAAAAAAUGAAAUUCUCGAUGAACACAAAUAUAUCAAUCACCUAAAAUGUACCUCAGAGAGAUGCUAUAAAUGUUUAGCUUCAUGUAAUGAGAUGACCGUAUGUUAAAACAAUGGUCGAAUAUG